AUGGGUUUAGAUAAUAUAUACAAAUCUAAAUUAAUAAACAAGAGCUACUGGGAAGAGUUUUAUGAAAAUGAACUAAAGUCAUAUAAUGAAGUUGGCUUUAGAGGUGAGGAGUGGUUCGGGGAUUAUAUUAAUCCAAUAGUAGGUUGGAUUGUAGAAACUGGAUAUGACGUAGCAUCUAAAAGAAUUCUAGACAUAGGAUGUGGAAACGGCUUAUUUUUGAUAGAAUUAAUACGGAAUAUCAAUUUUAGCAGUGCUGUUGGCAUAGAUUAUAUACCAUCUGCAAUCGAACUUGCAAAAAAAAUAGUUAAAGAAGAAGGAUUUUCUAGUAAAAUUUCAUUAUAUCCAGUAGAUUUAGUUUCAGGAAAGGACGUUUCAAAACAAAGUGACGAUGAAAAGAUCUUAGAUCUGGGAAAAUUUGAAAUAGUUGUUGAUAAAGGAACUUAUGACAUUUUUGUAAUGAAAAAUGAAAGGCAUGUCUACAAAGAUAGUGUUUCAAGAUACUUAAAAAAUGGAAGUAUUUUAUUCAUUUCCUCGUGUAAUUCAACCCCAGAAGAAUUAUGUAAUGUAUUUGAAGAUCACGUCCAUUUUGAAAAAGUGUCAGAGUUGAAGCACAAAUCUUAUAGUUAUAAUGGAAAAGAAGGGCAAGUCCUAGCCUCUGUAGCUUUUAGAUAUAUUAUGAGUUAA